AUGGAGGAAGUGCACAAAAAAGACCUGACUGACGACCUCUCUUCUAUCAAAGCUGAGGUCUGUGAAGUCAAGGAGAUGUUGAACACGGUGAAUACUGAAGUUCGAGAUAACUCUGAUGUUUUAGCUGCUCUCUCCAACAAAGCCGAAGAAGUGCUUCAACAAAUCUUCCAGCUCCUCCAGCAGCCAGCGCCAGUACCUAAAAAAGCUUUUAGAGAGGUUGACCGUCAGCAACUAGAUCGAGUUGCUACUUUCAACAUCCUCCAAGAUGAAGAUCUCUCCACCAUCGAUCACAGAAUUGAAGACCUAUCAUCUAGUCUUAAUGACCUAUCCUCUCAUCUUGAUAAUGACAAAGAGGGGGAGAAAUAUAAAGAGGUAGAGAAUAUUACUCCUGUGGAAACUACUAUUGAUGUUGCCGCUGAAGAUAUCCCUCAUGCAGAUGCUUUGAUCCCCGCCUCUGAGGAUGCCAUCAUCACUUACGCUAACGCUAAAGACGAUGAUGAUGUUGUGAUAGCUCCUGGUAUUCAUGAAGACCAUCCCUCUACUUCUGCAUUGCAAAAUACUAGUAAUGAAGAUGAAGAUGAAGACGAUGAUGAAAAAGAUGAGGACAAUGAACCUCAUCUCCUUGAUGUUGGAAAAGAUCUUGGUGACAACGACGAUGAUGAAGACGACGAUGACAAUUUCAGCAUCCAAUUCCAUCCAAGACAACCAGCACUGAAGGAAUCUUCAUCAGGGAAGCUUCAACUUCCAAGGGGAGAGACCCUCAGCUUCAGAGCACCAGCACUCCUCCAAAGAUAA